AUGCUGCUGCUGCUGCUGCUGCUGCCGCCGGCCGCCCACGCACAGAGUGGGGACGCGGACAGGGACGGGGACGGGGACAUGGAGCCCCGGAUCAGCUGCACCUCCGACAUCCUGGUCAAAUACAGCAGCCUCACCUGCCGGCUGCUCGCACACCGCCGCGCCGGAGAGGACGACGAGGACGACGGGGACGAUGGCAUGGAGAAGAUGACCGCGUGCUACAUGGACUACAGCCUGAACCAGAGGAAGUGCAAUGAGGCCCUGGGGGACACCGUCACGGGUCUGAGUCCUCUGCCUCGGUUAGACGUGAGCAUCCUCCUGAAAACAGGACGGACCAUCAAUACCACCGUGGAGCUGAUGAAAAUCAUCAAGCCCAGAAGUCCUCGGGUGAAGGACGUGUCCUUCAACACAGACUCAGACCAGGCAGAGCUGCACAUCUGGACUCCGUACGACAACGAGUACCCCAAAGAGUACCUGCAUCAGGGCACGCUGCUGUUUGAGCUGAAGCUGUGGGCGGCGGGCAGCUCAAUUACUCAGAACGUCACGUCGGACACCCUGCGGAUUGACCUGAAGCGGCUGGGGGGGCACCGGGAGUGGAGGGUCAGCGUGCGAGCGCUGCCCGUCAACGGUAUGCAGGGAACCUGGAGCGACUGGAGCGAGACGUUCGGGUUCCUUACUCCCGCUGAGGAGAACGUCCCGCAGGCGGCCGUUGGAGGACGGGAGCUCUCCAAGCUGAUCGUGUGUCUGGUCGUUCUGGUCGUGGUACCUUCAAGUGUCCUUCUCUUCUGGAAAAACAAAAUAUUCAGCUACAUCUGGCCGAGCAUCCCACACCCCAAACAUACCCUGGUGCACAUCUGCAAGCCCAGUAAGGGACUCCUGCUGAACUUCAGACCUGAGGUGUUCAGUGCCCUGAACCUGGAGAAGUCUGAGGAUCAGCCCCAGGAGGAAGCAGAGCCUCCACCAGGUGCAGCUCCUGGCUCCGCCCAGAGCUCCGCCCAGAGCUCCGACCCGAGCUCCGCCAGCACCACCAGUGCGGACACCGAGGAGCUGGAGCUGUCUGCCCUGCUGAGCCCAACCUCCUCUGAUGGAGAGGACAGCCUGCAGAGCGUCCAGGACCUCCAGCCCGGGGACAGACCUGAGGGACCUGGAUCACCAGAGGCGUCCUGCAGCAGCGGAGGGAACGAGUCGGAGGCCUACGUCACCAUGUCCAGCUUCUACCGGAUCCAGUAGGUCAGCAGGUCUGACUGAAGGACCACAGCAGGAACCAACCAACAGCAGGACAGCAGUUCAUCUUAAAGACAUAUCUCUAUCUCUAUUAUAUAUCUUUUUUGAUGGAUUGCUAUGAAAUUGGGUUCAGAGACUGGAUCUCACCAACAAAGUUCAUCCAAUGAGCACGUUUACAUGCACAGAAUACUCCGUUUUUUAAUCCUACUUAUAAAAACAUCCCAAUAUUCCUUCUGAGCUUCUUUCAUGGCUCAUGAAAAUUCAUAUUCCAUCAAAGAUCCUGGUGGACUCGAUGCUCCAUGUAACCACGUCUUAGAGUCGAUCAGUGGGAGUUUGGACUGACGUCUUCAGUAAGACGUCUGUUGAACGUCUCCGUCACACUGGGGACGUUCAUGUCUGAUGGUUUUAUUUAUGUACCAUGUAGCUGAAUGUUUCAGAGGUUUAACAUGUAGCUUUUCCUCUGUCUUGCUGCUUUUAUGGGUGUAUGAUUAUAUAAGUAUAUUUUCAUGAUAUCUCACCGUGACUGAUACAUUAUGUUCCUGCAUCUUUUACUACAAUCACAGAAACCUGUAGCUGGUUAAAGGCUCAGUCCAGAGUCAGAUUUGAGCUCAGAGCAGCUGAUGUCACAUUUCACUGCAGGUUGGACAGAAAAACAUUCAUAUAUAUAUAUAAUGUACAGAUGUGAUGUGACAACAUAUUGACUGACCAUCUGUUUUUAUUUAACCAAAUAAACAUAUUAUG